AUGGCGUCAGAUCAUUCUCAAGGUCCUGCGUCAGACUUAACUUCGAAACCAAAAUUUCAACAAAAGCAACGCAUAAGUCACACAAAAUCGCGAGGUGGCUGCUACGCCUGCAAGAAUCGUCACGUUAAGUGUGAUGAAGCGCGACCAGUGUGUGGGGCAUGCUCUGUCCGACUUGAUGAAUGUGUGUUCCCUGAUCCAAUCACUACACGCGCAUCAACUCGGAGGGGGGCGGCUCCUUAUGCUCGAUCUUCGAGCUCCUGCCCGCAAAGCUCCCAGGGGCUACAAAUCCGGCCUCUGGAUUUCAAUGCUUCCUUUGUCGAAACUGCUCAACCGCACGGAGUGAAGGGCAGCUUGAAUUUGCAAGAUCUCAAACUCCUGCAGCAUUAUAUUUUGCAUACCUCAAGACGGAUUACUCUCGGUCCUGAUAAAGCUUUAGUGUGGGAGCGUGUCAUUCCUGAUAUAGCCUCUGGAGCAGAGUAUCUGAUGCAUUUGCUUCUAGCGUUGGCCGGACUCGACAUGCUGACAGCCCACUCGAAAAAUCCCAGUCUCAAUGAGGAUAACGGCUCAUUGACCCAGGUGGUCAUCAGUCACCAUCAAAAAGGGUUAGAGGGAUUUCAGCAAGAAAUUCAAUCGCAUCAAGAAUCAAACUCCGAAAAUUUGUUGACUGGGUCAUUUUUAAUCAAUUCAUUUGCAUUUGUGUCUCUUCAGGUGGGGGAUCUGGCUCCUGAGGACACUUGGUGCCCUUUUGUGCCGAUCGAUAGCUCGCAUGGCGCUCAAAAAACCCCCGAAUGGCCUCGAUCUCAAUGGCUCAAUCUAGUACGAGUCUCGUUCUCAAUCGGGAAACAAUAUUGGAUGCAUCUCCGAAGAAGCCGACUGAGGUCAUUAUUGGUCUUCAAUAAAGCUAAUGAUGACUGGAAACACUUUAUAGCGGAGUUGACCCCGAGUCCUCCAAUGGACUUAUCUCAAGGUGCUAUAUCGGCGAGAUUCUCCGUAUUUUCAUCAAAUGCCGUACAAGCUAUAUGUGAUCUCCGAGCAUUCUCAAGCACGCUGAAAGCGACCAUCACACCGCAUUUUGAUGAUGACAAUUCACGUUUCUCCGCCACCCCUGAUUCCGGCUCAGGUGCGAUGAAACCAACAUACUGCCAAGAUCAAGAUGCCGCUAUUGAUGUUGUGGAAACGAUGUUCAUGCGCAUCUUAUACGUCCUUUCCUUAUAUCGAACUGGAGCGCAAUCUUCCCCAGAGCUCGAAAUUCAGUCUGAGAUCGAGGACACAGCAAUAGCAUCAUGGCCAACUCUUGUUGAAAGUGGAUUCAUUUCAUCAUUAGACUCGACGAUUCCCUUUGAUUCAGUUCAAGGACUAUCAUUGGCUAUUCUCGCACAUCUUUACCUAACCCUUGCCCUACUUGACAAGAUAUGGCUUUUUGGUGCUACUUUUGAUUCAGAGAUCAGAAAGAUUGCUACUAUAAUCAAUCAAAGCGGGAAUGAUGGGAUUGUCGCACUGAUGAAAUGGCCCAUGCUUGUUGUUAAGCAGCCUCAUUCCAAGGUUUGA